CCUCCCCGGUCUCCGUCAUGUCACGUUGAAUGGGAUCUCUCCUGUCGAUAUUGACGACUACCUGCCUAGCCAGUCCACUCCACUCUGCGGCUGGCAAUUCGCGACUAGCCUCCUGAACCUGACGAUCCGCUCGGCUCGGUUCCGAACACGAACCGUUUUCGUUCAUUUCCUUUCGGUCUUCCCGAACGUCGAGAACCUCACCUGCGAGCGUCUGUAUCUGGAGAUGCAUGAAUAUACUCCAAUGCUACAAGAUCGUUCCUCUUGUCAUUUACAGCUGCGAACGCUGAAUGUGAGGGUCGACGUGGUCAUCUGUGCUCCUCGAUUUCUAAUACGUUGAGACUGCUUCCAGAUACUCCCCGAUGUGGACGAUCAGGUCGCUGAGCUGUUGGUCCACAUAAGUCGACACGCGACUACCUCUACGCUCGUAAUGGGAGAACGUACUCGUGCGCAUCUCAUUCCAUUUCCUAAUUGUAUUCUCCUUAUAAUUCAAAGUUGAAGCCUCGUCUAUGCCGCGUCCUCAAUUAGGCGAGGAUCUCCAGCCCUCCCUGAUAUGGUGGAUACGAGCCGAGACCGAGAAACUCCGUUAUGCUAUUCAAAUCUUACGCGCUUCGGAACAAACAGCUAUAGGCGAUGUCACUCUGGUCAUCUGGGAUAGCGAGGUUGGAAUUCUAUACAGUCAAUGCCGUCGACCUGCUGUCCUGGAGCUCUGUGCAACAUUGGACAAGGUCCUGCUCAGAUAUCCCUCCCAUCGCGUCCUCUUGACCGUUCUCGAAGGCCUAAUCCUGAAUGAACAGAAGAAGAUCUCCUGGUCGGACGAGUUCCGCAGGUGGUUCCUUCCGAUAAGCGAGAAAUGGGCGCUGACUGAAGACAUCAAAUACUGUGAAUCCCGUUGAAUAAAAAUACCUCUUGUCAUCUCGUCAGAUGGGUGGUGGGUAGCGACGGCCUCCUUCUCGGAUUCCACGAUCAUCCUCUGGGAUGCCCGAAAUGCAUGUAUCUUGCAAGAGUGGUUUGCCCAUGACAGACAGGUCUUGGAUCUCGCGUUCUCACCGGGCGGCAUACACCUCGCGUCCGCAGGUAGUGGCGGGAAGGUCGUCAUAUGGGACAUCAGCCGUGACCGCCCGCACCAAACGGCUACCCUUGAAGGAUCUCGUCCCGCGACGGCGAGAACACUGUACGACGGCCGAUCAUUCCAGCUGCUACAGGUCCUUGACGGAACAACAAUCAUUGACCCCCUGUUCUCCCCCAACAGCCAGUGGUUUCUAGUCCACCAUCCAGACAGCUGUGGUGUUUGGAAACUUCCGUCCCGCGCAUACAUGUCACUCCAACUCCAACGUCAGCAAGAUGGCUCGAACAACUAUCCCGUCACAGCCAGAUUCAGCCCGGAAAGUACAUGUGUUGCUGUUGGAUAUACGAAUGGGGUCAUCCGCGUUUGGAACAUGGAGACCAAACAGGAGCCUCUGCUCUGGGAGGCACACAAAAAUGCAGUUCUCGACAUGGCCUUUUCCCCGGAUGGUCGGCUGCUGCUCUCGACGUCAUACGACCGGACAGUAAAGACAUGGAAUGCACGGAAUGGUGCCAUGGUCCAUUCACUCGAGGGGCACGAGAAAUUUGUGUCCGGAGCGUGCUUCUCCCCGUGUGGGAGGUAUAUCGCCUCUGCAUCUGGUGACAAGACGGUGAGGGUGUGGAGGGCUAGCGACGGGUCGUGCUUGGCGAUUCUCUUCGAACAUGGUGCUCGGAUCAAUCAUGUUGCAUUCACUCCAGACGGGAUGAUGUUGUGGUCUACAGGAUGGAAUGGGACAGUCUUCGGUCGUCGAGUACAGGACAUCAUCCUGGACGACUUCGAAUCGAGUCGUACAGAGGAAUGACUACCACUGCUCCGCUUUGCUUCCCAUAUGUCUACAUACAUGCGAAUGUGUAUUUGUUGAAUGUCCGUACAGCCCCGAUUGAUAAACUCGGGGCUGUGAAGACAAGGAUUAGAUCCGACUAGAGUCGAAGCAAGAUC